AAGAAAAAUCAUCAAACAACUCAUUUCUCAAUCAUUUCCUUCAUCUUUCUCUGCCGUCUCCUCAUACGCAUAUACAUACAUACGUACAACAAUAUAUAUCCACCAUUUUUCUCCAUCUCCACCACCAUUCAUCUUCCUCCCUAACACCACCCCUACCACAGCUCUCAAACCCCCCAAAAAACCCAGAAAAAACACACCCAGAUCGAUUUUUUGCUGAAUAUUAAACAGAGCACGACAAAGAACAGCAAAUAUACCCGAAAACACACACACCCAGAUCAAAUUUUUACUGAAUUUUCAAGAAUAUUAAACAGAGGACAACGAAGAACAGCUAAUAUACCCACUCCUCACCUUGAAACCUCCAAAACACACACACCCAGAUCGAAUAUUUUGCUUUAUUUUCAAGAAUAUUAAACAGAGCACGACGAAGAACAGCUAAUCUACCCACCCCUCACCUGAAAACCCCCAAAACACACACACCCAGAUCGAACUUUUAGCUGAAUUUUCAAGGAUAUUAAACAGAGCACGACGAAGAACAGUUAAGAUACCCCAAAACACAGACAACCAGAUCGAUUUUUCAGCUGAACUUUCAAGUAAAAUGAUGAAAAACACUUAUUCACCCAUAAGAGAAAAUUCUCAAGAAGGAACAGAAUCCUUUUUUCACGAAGAACCCUCUUCAAUUUGGUGCGGCUGUUUCAGAUUCCCUUGUUUCCCAUCAACCCAAAAAGAAGUCGAAGCAAACUCUCUGCUCCAUGAAAGAGGAAUUACUGAAGACAGAGAUUCAUGGAUAGUGAAAAAUAUGAAGGAAUUGAAAGAGUAUUCUGAACUUGUAGCUGGACCCAAAUGGAAAAAUUUGGUGAGAAAAAUCGGAAAAUACUGUAAUCCUAAGAAAUCUGCAGCUAAAACGACGCAGUUUCAGUAUGAUUCAGAUAGUUAUGCUCUCAAUUUCGAUAAUGGCGGCAGUGUUGAUGGUGGAGAAGAUGAUGAUGGGCUUUUACGUAAUUUCUCAUCUCGAUUUGCUGCUCCCUUUUCUGGUUUUGUUGCUAAUAAUAAUAAUAAUCCAAAUAGAAAUGCGGGUUUGUCAUGAUUAUUUGAGAAAAUUAAAAAAAAUGUGAUUUAUGAUUUAUUGUAUAUUUAGGGGAGGAAAUAGUGAUGAGAUUGAUUUUAUAAAUAUAAUUAAUUUAUUAUAGAAGUAAAAAAUCUUUUUUUUUUCA